GUGGCUGCCGUGGAUGCGUCAGUCCAAUUUGCUUGCUUUGCAGUGGCAGCUGCUCUCCAAACAGAGAAGUUCUACGACGUGUCUGCAAGCCUGACCUACGUGCUUUGCGUCCUCCUCUCCUUCCGAGCCGGUGGGCGAACCACAAGGUGUAAAGUCAACUCUGCUCUAGUGAUUGCCUGGGCACUGCGUCUCGGCAGUUUUCUCCUGUGGCGAGUGCUUCAUGAUGGUGGUGACAGCCGAUUUGAUAAGGUGAAGAUGCAACCUGGCAAGUUUUUCAUCUUCUGGGCCGUCCAGGCGCUCUGGAUUCUGCUCACUGCCCUCCCCGUAUACCUUUCAAAUGUCAAGCCAGCGGUCAAGGAGGCCCAGCUUGAAGAAGGCUUGUCCCAACCGCAAGAAGAGAUUCGGGUUUCCUGGCGAGACAUUCUGGGCUGGAGCUUGUGGGGUGUUGGCUUCGUGGUGCAGGUGACCGCAGACAUACAAAAGAGAGUCUUCCAGGCUGACCCGCGCAACAAGGGUCUUUGGAUCCAAGCUGGCUUGUGGAAACUCUCCCAACAUCCGAAUUAUUUCGGCGAGAUCUGCAUGUGGUGGGGCCUCUUUUUCAGCUGCUCGACAACGUUGAGAAGAUGGGAAUUACUGUCUGUAGCGACGGCCUUAGUAACCGAUAAGUUGCGUAGGUCGAGAUACAGCAAGAGACGGAGAGAGAGAGAGAGAGGUGGAGUCGCAGAGCCUGAAGAAGAAGAAGAAGGUGGAGUCGUAGCCAUUUUGGCUCAAGUCUGCUGCCGCCUCUCCUUUGGGGAGGUCCUGGGUGCCGGCCCCUUGGGAGGUUGGGGGACUUCCCUGGCUUCCUAG